AUGUCAGAGAGCAUUGAGCGGCGUGUAGAUGUAAACAUGGAGCGAAAUGUUGGUUCACUGCAGGAGCAGGCCCUGAAGAGAAAAGAAAGGCUGAAAGCACUAAGAGAUAAACAGCUUCAUGGGCGUGAGCAGGAAGACGGGGAGCCAGAGAACAAAAAAGCUUCACUAGAGGAGACUACUGAAGGAAAGCACAGAGAGCUGAAGCUGAGGAAUUACACUCCAGAGGAUGAAGAGCUAAAGGAGAGGCAGGUGCCCAAAGCCAAACCUGCAUCAGUGGAGGAUAAAGUAAAAGACCAGUUAGAGGCAGCAAAUCCAGAGCCCAUCAUUGAAGAAGUGGAUUUGGCCAACCUCGCCCCAAGAAAACCAGAUUGGGAUCUAAAGCGGGAUGUGGCAAAGAAACUGGAGAAGUUGGAGAGGAGAACACAGAGAGCCAUCGCCGAGCUCAUCCGGGAUCGUCUCAGAGGCAGUGAGGACGAGUUGGCUGGAGCGGUGGGAGCGGUAGGAGUGGAGCAGGGGGACUCUGACUGAAUCUGAGAUGUGACAGAUUAAGAAAAGAAACCUGGAGAGGGACGGCCUCUGCUCAUACUGGGACUGUAUUGUCACAUCUGUGUUGUGCUCAAAGAGGCGGCUACUUUCAUCACUGCAGGGAGUCAAGUUUUCUGUCAGGUCUUCAUAUUUCCAUUGUGAGUCCUAUUUUGCGUCAUCUUUUUAUUACGCAUGAAUAUGUAGUAGUUUAUGCAAUAUUUUGUUGUAAUUGUUUAUAUUUUCAAGUAAAAUAAUGUGAAUUUUUCAAA